AUGUCUAAACAUUUUAAUAUUCUGGAGCAAAUGAUUAUUUUUGUAUACGAUACUGAUUAUUGUCAAACAGAAGCUGAUGAUCCACAGAAAGCUGUCCUGUUUUUUUAUCCCCAAUGGGUUAGCGAUCAACAGCGAUUAGCACUUUGCGGUCAAUUAAUGGGAGCUGCUCAUUUUUGCUCUACAAUAUUUUUCAAUCCAAAGAUUUUAACAUUGCAAUGUGGAAAAUUUAGUGUUGGCUCUGAUCAAACUCUUCCUGAAUGGAUAUUACAAGAAAGAUUCAACACUUUAGAAUUUCUUUUUCAAUUUUAUCAUAAAAGUUUUGAUUAUAUUUUUAAUUUAGCUAAUCGUGAUCAAGAAAUAUUUUCAAAAAAACUCAAUGAAAUUUUAGGAAUUUAUAUUCCAAUUCUCCAAUGUGUUGUUUGUGCUUUUGGAAAUGUAUAUAUUGUGCAAUGUCCGAAAAAAAAUAGUUCUGCAUUUUUAGAAGCAUUUCAGUUAUUAGAAGCAUGUUGUAAUUUUAAAGGGGUUAUAGGAGGUGUAAUUUUGCAUAACAAUAGAGUCAUUGCUACACAACUUGAUCCGAACAUAACAAAAUUAUUAGCACUGACUAAUAAAAUUAGGGCUAAAUCAUGUGCAGAAACAAUUCCAACAUCUUUUCAUUUACCAGAGGGUGUUGAACUUGUUAAAAUUUAUUUAAAUAAAAAUUUUUAUGAAUCUUUAAUUGGAGUAUCUAAUUUCAAAUGGGCUGUUUAUAAUGGAGUUCACAAGAAACUAUUACAAAAAACGACUAAAAUACAAAUGUCGAAUAAAGAUUCUCAUAAAAUAUUUACAGUGCAAGAAGAAGGAGAUGCGAAUAUGGAAAUUUCAAAUCAACCACAAACAAAUUAUAAAUUUUUUAACAAGGAAAAUAACCAAUUUAGAUUUCAUAAGUCUAAACCUAAAAUAGAAAAUAAAGUAUUAAAAGAAAGAUCUAAAAGUUUUGUGGGAGGUUUAAACAUGAAAGUAUGUUCCACGCCAACAGUUGAAAAAACAUUAAUCCAUGAUGAUUUAGUAUCAAUAUGUAAUAACAGUAUAAAUGAAUCGAAAGCUGCCAUUCCCCAAAGUUUAAUGCCAGAAAUUGUUCAAAAUGCAAUAUCUUCCAAAUUUAGAAAUAGAAUUUUAUCAUCGAAAAAAUAUUUUCAUAAUCAAUUUUUUAGAAUUAGUAUGGAUGAUUUGAUGAUGGAUUUUACCAAUAAGCGUUAUCCUACGCCCUUGAAAUAUUUUAAUUUCGGUUUACCAAAAUCAUAUAGAGAAGUUGGAAUGGAAACGGAUGAGAGAAAAAGUAGAUAUAAAAUAAGGAAAAAAAAUUUUUAUAAAACAAUAGCAGAUCCGAAAAAUCCCGUGUUUCGAUAUGACGGCGUAUCUUUAUCAAAAUCAUUGUACAAUACUUAUUUAGAUGAACAUUACAAAGAUUAUGCCGUGGCCAAUAUAACUAUUGAUUCAAGAGAGGAAUUUUUAAAAAGUAAACAACGCUUAGAAUAUGAAAAUAAAAAACCCAAGACUGAUCUCGUAUCAAAAACCAAUGGAAACAUCGUUGAAAAUAGGCUAAAUGAUAAUGAAUUAAAAAUAAAUAAUAAAGAAAAUCAUACUAAAAUACCCAUAGCGAGUAAAAAUGAAUUAACAAAAGUUAACCAAAAAGCAUUUAGAAGAUCUCUUUCUCUACCAUUGAAACCUCUUUCUUAUGGUGCAACAGAAAACAUGUCUCCUAACACUGGAUCAUCAAAAAAUAAAGUUUUAUUUAACAGAACACCAACAACUCCUUUAACUACUAAAUUAGGUCUUCUUACUUUUGGUGAUCAACCAUUAGAAUUAAAAACUUUGGCAACUCCCAACGAUAAUAAUUUUAUGAUAAAAAAUAUAUGUUCAAAUCAAAAUACUUGUGAUGACAUAAAUAAAAAAAAUGAAGUAAUUUCAACAAGUUUGUUUGUUUGCAGUCAACAAAAUAUGACCAUGAUGUUGAUAUUGGAUGAAGGCUUAGAAAAAAAUCCUGAUUUAAUUCAAUCACUAUGGGAAAUGAGUUCACCGUCAUUAAAAAAAGUUGAAUUUUUACAUAAUAAAAGUUCAGGGAAUUUAUCAAACGGAAGUAAUAACGGUAGUAUUUUUAAUAAUAAUAAUAAUUCACCGUACAGUUUUCUUCUGCUGGAUAAUUCUUGGGGUACAAUUCAAAGAUCUGGUACUUGGACGGAUGAAGAACUUAAAGUUGUCGGUUCAUUAAAUAAUGAUUUAAAUAAAUCAUCAAAUAUAACAGAAAUGAUUUUUAGAAACGAAGAGUCUGUAGUUUAUGGUUAUUGUUGCGGAGGAACAAAAAUUUUUUAUCAGCAAAGUGGUUGUGCCAGUGCUGGGCUUCCAACUCCCGCAGAUUUAAUGGGUGUUGUAAAUUUAAAGGCAAAAAGACAAUUAGAAAGAGAUAGAGAUGUUAUUAUUCUUUAA